ACAAAGAAUCCGCCGAGAAAAUAUAGUAUCUGAGCAUCGAACUAUUUUUGACUAUUUUCUGUGCGAAAAAAUUGAUUCAAGAUGUGGAAUGGGAUUUUCAGUACUCCCCGGAAGGAGUCGUCAGGAACGGGAAAAGAACCUUCCCUAGACUCCUCAAACUGCCCAACAGUGAACGGAAAUUUGCGGUUUAGUCCAGUGUCCGGGAAUUCCCUGUGCACGUCUCAUCAAUCUCGAGAGAGAUCAGGGCUAUCCCACAGGAGCAAGGGCACGAGUUCAGACUCUGGGGGUGAUGGAGUGUCCUCAGACAGUAAUUUCAAGGUCUACGUUAAGCUCAAACCCCCUCCCAAGGGUCUGAAACUCAUCCCCUCGCAGUUGAAGCUCUUUCAAAUCGCAAAUCCUGCCAUUGUCGUGGAUUUGGCAGACGCCCACCAGGAUAUGAGCAAAAAUGUGGACGUCGUGGGGAAGAGGUUCCUGUUCCACGGGGCUUUUGGUGCUGGUGCCACGCAGAAAGAUAUUUUUGAACGAGUGGUGAAGCCACAGGUGGUCAAUCUCCUAGCUGGGGAGAAUGCAACUGUCAUGGCUUACGGUUCUACAAAAUCAGGAAAGUCUCACACCCUCGAGGGGUCCCCCCCUGACCCAGGAUUAAUCCUGAGAACGUUGGAGAUGAUUUUCUCCCAGGAAGAGGUUACAUCCACCCCCAAUUACAAGCCCACAGACAGCAACAAAGUUGAAGCUUUGAAUUCUGAAAGGAGAAGUUCAGAAAAAGAGAUUAAGAAGCGAAUUCUGUCGCCCCUGUAUGGCGAGCACGUGAAGCCGUACACAAAGGUCUUGAGGACAAUCGAGGAGAGCUGGGUGUUCCCUGCAGGCAUCAGAAUGGGACCGCAGCACGAGAUUUGGCUGUCGUACCUGGAAAUUCGAGAAGAACAAUACUACGAUCUGCUGUCACCCGACUAUCAGACGAGCCAUUCUCCCCUGCUGUACCAUACCAAUCCCAGAGGACAAGUACUCGUCGAGGGUGCGACCCAGCUGCACGUGGGAUCUGUCGCUGAGGCUCGGGAUGUCCUCGCAAUUGGCCGGAAUAAUCUCAAGAAAAUUAAUUCUAGGAUGAGCACAAACUCCUCGAGCUCCCACUGCAUUUUCAAUAUUACUCUGUUGAAGUAUGAGGAGAUCAAUCAACCGAAGAGGGUGAAGAUGAGCAGGUUCUCAUUCUGCGACCUGGCAGCCCACCAGGAGUCCCCGGCCCUGGACACGAGUCUCCUGGCGCUGGUCAAGUCCCUCCGAGGCUACUACAACACCCACCUGCACCCCUCCCCCAAAUCCCCCGAAGAAUUCACCCCCUCCAUGCUCACCAGCCUCUUCCAAGCCGCCCUCACAGGCUCCUCCCCCUUCUCCCUCAUCACCCACGUGAACCCCGACCCAGGAAUGUACAAGGACACCCACGCAGCCCUGCACCUCACCGCAAUCCACACAGAGAUCCUCACAAAAGUCAGAACCAUCAAUCCCCCCCAAUUCUCCAUGACCCUGAAAAGAAUGACCACCGAGGGAGCUGAAGACAUCUCCGAGUGCGACGACCUGACUGGUGAGCAGGCAGAGGAGCUCAUCACCUCCUUCAAGCACGAGCUGUCAGCCUACGGAUGCAUCAACCUCAGAACAAAAAUCGAAAUCAACAGAACAAUCAUCAACAACUACACCUCAAUGAUGGACAAAGUCGACAGGUGCAUUGUGAAGAAGCUGGAGGCUAUAUCCCACCCUGAGGCUGAUCCUCAGGUCCUCAAGAUGCACCACUUCGCCAUUGACCAGAUGAAGAGCAUCUUCGAAUAUCUCCAGGAGGACAAGGCCUCGACAGAGCUGGAACUGGCUGACGACGAGAUUGAGUUUGAGAGCAUGUCCAAUCUGCCCACAGAAUUGAGGAUAAAAAUACCUGAGGACGUUGAUCCUGGGAUUCCCCUGCUGAAGGCCACUCGAGGGAGAAAGGAGGAGGAGAGGAGGACAGUGGGCCUCACUAGACUAUUGAACGAAGCUAAAGCCCAAUUGGCGUCAGCCCUUCGUAAUAAUUCAGAAGCAGACAGAAAACUGGGGGCUGUGGAGAGGCGGUACGUGGGGCUGAAGGUGAAGAACGACAUGGGUGGAAUAUUGAAUCGACACACGAGGAAGUCCUUCAACGAGCACGAGGACAAUCUCCUGAGAUUGAAGAGGCUGCAGGAGGAGGUGAAUGCAGAGAAGGAAAAAUUGAGGGUUUAUGGAGUCAAGUGUGGAAUUUCCUUCGACGAUUGGCUCGAGAUGGAGAAGCUUGGGGAAGUUGAUGCGGAGUUCUCUGAUGACGAGGGAAACCCUGGAGGCUCUGAUGGAGAAACAUCUCCAGGAGAGGCUCGAGGGUCUGGAGGUGGUCAAGGGGCUGAUGGUAAAAUGAGAAUGAAUGGAAAUCUGAGAGUUGAUGCGCCUAAAAAGAAAUCAAUCAAUCCUCCUGGAGUUGAUGGUUCGAUGGCGAAGGGGAGGGAGAAUUAUGCUGAUGAAAUGCACCUGAAUAUCAUGAGAGAAUUGAAAGCUGAAUUGGAGUUGGAUAGAGUGAACGAGGGCUCCAGCAGUCCGAGGGGUAUUGAUGAUUCUGAAGAAGUUGAAACAGAAGUUUCUGUUAAAAUGAAUGGAAAACCCAGUGAUGAUCCUCCAGCAGGUGCAGAAGUGGUUGAAACCCCUGAGCUCAGUGCAGUGGAUGUUUCUGCUGCUAGAGAGAUCAUCAGCCCUGAACCCGUUGAAGAUGAGGCUUCUCUCCCUGAAGCCUCGACGACUCCUCAAACCUCUGCCCCAGGAGAAGGUAAAACUGUUCGGGAACAGCUGAAGGAAUUAUAUGCAGCGAGAGAUUGCCUGGAGAAGGUGGAGACGAAGACGCAGAAGGUCUUCGAGGGAUCCAACGAGGAUCCUCCAGUGCUCCUGGCCCAGGACAUCCUGAAGGACCUGAGGGACGCGAAGGAUCAUGUCAGGAGGUUCAAGGGCAUGAGGUGGCCUGAUGCAUCCCUGCAGGAUGACUCUAGCAAUGGUCUGGCUCCACCCGACCUGCAGACCGCCCUCAGCAGUCCUGUGUCGGAGGAUUCUCCAGGGGAUGCUGAGGCGUCUGACGAUGCCACCAACAUUCCACAGAGGCGAAGCAAAAGGAUCAGACUCGCCAGACAAGGGAAAUUGAAGAGGAAGAGGAAUGAAUCAGUUGAACUUUCUGGGAAUGAAGGUCUGGGGACAGCUGUCAGCAAUUCUUCGUCGAGAGCUAGCUCCUCGGAGGAUGAUCAGGGGGCUAGUGAUGCCACUGGCACUCCCCUGAGGAGGAGCGCUCGAAAGAAAUUUCGCACACGUCGAUUCAUCAGUCCCGAUAAAUCGCUGAGGUCGCGGCAGGGGAAGCGGAGAAAUUCAAUGAUAUGUUGCUACAAGUGUAAUGUUUCUAUUCUCGAUGGGGGGAGAUACCACUGCUUUGUCUGUAAGAAGGGGAGUAAUGAAAUGUGUCCUGAGUGCUUUGGAAAAUAUGGGCAUGACCAUCUCAUGGAGCUCCUGCCGAUUUAGUUUCAUGUUUUGAUAUUUAGUUUGAGAUUUAUUCGUUUUUUUGUUUAGUUUUGUGUUUUUUAUACGGAGCAUGGGGGUUUCGUAUCUUUGACAUUCAUCGAGUAUUUGCAGGUUGAAGGCAUUCAAGGAAAAUGUAAAGACAUUUUUUCGGAAGAAUUUUGUAAUCUAGAAAUAAAAUCUUCAGACGUCUUCUCGCGAACUUGAUGAUUUUUUGAAAUAAUUACGAAAGAGGACUUUUAAUUUCAUUGACACGAAAAUAGGGUAAAAUAACUCGACUUUGAUAGUUAAUAUGUAGACAUUUGCAAAUGAUAUUUGCAUGAUGUUACAAGUAUAAUGUUUCUAUUUUGUCAGAAGGAGAAUUCCUGGUGAUUUAGUUUAAUGUUUUGAUUUUGAGUUUAUGAUUUGUUCGUUUUUUUUGUUUAGUUUUGUGUUUUUUAUACGGAGCAUGGGGGUUUCGUAUCUUUGACAUUCAUCGAGUAUUUGCAGGUAUUCAAGGAAAAUGUAAAGACAUUUUUUGGAGAGAAUUUUGUACUUUAGAAAUUAACUCGUCAGACGUCUUCUCUUGAACUUGAUGAUUUUUUAAAUAAUUACGAAUGAGGACUUUUAAUUUCAUUGACAUGAAAAUGGGGUAAAAUAACUUGAUUUUAGAAGUUAGUAUGUAGACAUUUGCAGACAAAUAUGAUGUUACGAGUAUAAUGUUUCUAUUCUGUCAGAGGGAGAACAACGAGAUGUGUCCUAAGUGUUUUGAAAAAUAUGGACAUGGACUGAAGUUCCUGGUGAUUUAGUUUCAUGUUUUGAUUUUGAGUUUAAGAUUUGUUCGUUUUUUUUUAGUUUUAUGUUUUUUAUACGGAGCAUGGGGUGUUUUCAUAUCUUUGACAUUCAUCGAGUAUUUGCAGGUUGAAGGCAUUCAAGGAAAAUGGAAAGACAUUUUUUGGUGAAAAUUUUGUACUCUACAAAUAAAAUAUUCAGACGUCUUCUCGUGAACUUGAUGGUUUUCGAAAUAAUUACGAAAGACAGACAUUUAAUUUCAUUCACAUGAAAAUGAGGUAAAAUAACUUGAUUUUAGUAAUUAAUAUGUGGACAUUUGCAGCCUGAGAAUCGACAAUUUUCUCACAUUUCCAAGUGUUUAUUAACUCUGUAUUAUCUGAUCAGAAGACAUCAAAUAAAUAAUAAUUUUAUACUUUUGUAACAGAACGAAAACCAAUAAAACUCUUUUUAUAUUCUUG